AUGAAUGAUAAGAAGCUUGUAGGUAACCUAAAGUCAAGAGAAAGGCGGCUGGAGGAGCUGUCCCAUCAGGCUGUCGGCUGGUCAGCUGCUCCUUACCCCCACACUCUCGACAACACAAUGCAGCCGUCAAUCACAGGCAUCCUUUCUCGGCCGGAUAUUCAGGUCGAGGUGAACUCAGAGACUAUAAACGGCUUUCACUACCAGGCGGUGUCGUGCUCUGCGUUCGGUGGCCGACCUGUACCUCAGAUCAGCUGGUUGGUCGACAGCCGCCCUCCUUCACAUUACCCUUUCACUGUGGAUGUGAGUGAAACCGUUCACUCAAACGGAACCUCCACCCUGAGCAGCAUCCUACGCUUCCCCACCCACCUGCAAGACGAGGACAGCGUGACGUGCGUGGUCCAACACCCGACCCUACCAAAGCCCACCCUCACCACUGUGAGGGUGGAAACCUUCAAUUUGUCUGGAGUUCAGUUAUUGUUCUCAGAGAUGAGAAACAACAGUGAUGACUCUCAAGGCACUGCAUCUUUAGAGCUAAAGGACGGACAGAGUGACACCGUCAUCAGACUGCAGGUCACGGGAAAUGUGCCACAUUACAACGUCACCUGCAAGAAAGAUGAUGGACCUUUGCCUGAGGGUGUGGAGCUGGUUGGCAGCAGCCUCACAGUUCAGGGUCCUGUGGAGCAUUGGCACGCCGGCCUGUAUGAAUGUUCCUUCUCAUAUCACCAUCUUAAAGCAACGCUGAAGUUUAACGUCACAGUUAAACCUCAAGUUAUACAGCCUGUGCCUCCAACAAUACGGGUUGAUUUGCGGACUGAAGAUGGACACAGGGUGAUUGAGUGCUCAGCAGCUGAUGCUGUUCCCGUUGCUAACAUGUCCUGGCUUCUACCAGAGGGUGUGUCUGGAGUCUCUUGGUUCAAUUUAACUUCUCAUAAUGGAAGCCACUCUGUCAGAGGAGUUUUACUCCUCCCUGCCUGCUCGCCUUGGGAGCUCACUGCAGAGUGUGUGAUAAAUCACCCUGCGUUUGAGGAGCCAGAAAACAGAAGCAUAACUCUCCCUCUUUGUGCUCGCCCAAACAUCACCAUCAACUCCAGCACUGAGAGGAGAGAUGGUGUGGAGUACACAGAUGUGGACUGCUCUGUGGAGAGUGUUGCCCCCGCAGCAACAAUAACCUGGCAAGUUGGAAACAGUGACAACAGCAUCAGUUAUCUGUCUGAGACCCAGGUCCAGGCUGAUGGUCUGGUAUCGGCCCGCAGCUCUGCACGCUUCUUGUCUUCUUUGUAUUCUGGUCAGAAUUUGACGUGCACGGUGGAGCAUCUGAGCCUGGAGGCACCAGAAACAAAAACAAUACACAUUCUUGGGCCGAAAGCCCCUCUGAUGAGUGUGUCAGUGGUGAGACAGAAAGACUCUCCCCUCUGGCAGGCAGUGUGUGAUUGCACAGGGGAGGGUGUGGGGACCAACCUCGAAUGGGUCCUUCCCGAAAAUGCCAAAGGCCUGACAUCCCUGCACUCAGAGUCUGAAGGGUGUGUCCGGAAAGCCCGGCUGACUUAUCUGUUCCCUCUGGCCCUUCAUGAGGGGCAGGAGCUGACCUGUGUCUAUCAGUCUGAAUAUGGAGCUACAGAGACAAAGACCCUUCCCAUCCCCAGAUACUAUAUCUCCGCUGUGACAGUCCUUAACCACUCCACUCCUCUGCAAAGCCGCUACGGUGAUGGACCCUUUGCACAAAAACUGGCUCUCCAGGAGGGUCAUCACAACCAGAGAAUACUGCUCCGAGUCGAGGGAAAUAUACCAGAGUACAACCUCAACUGUAAAAGGAGUGACGGCUCAUUAGUCCAAAUGGACGGUGUUGCCAUGGUGUUCCUGUCAGAGCUCACAGAGCAGGAUGAAGGCCUCUACAGCUGCCAGGCGUCCUUCUACCACCACACAGCCACAGUUAACAUACAGGUGGAGGUCACGAGCGUGGAAAAACAUCUAGCAAUUGCAGCCAUAAUCUGCAUGUCUUCGGCUUUGGCUAUCCUCCUCAUCCUCGCUGUCACCCUGUGGGUCUGCUGCACAGGAUACAGCAAGACACAAUAUAAGAAGAAGGAGUCUUUCUCGGCCUUGACCUCUAUGAUGCAGGAGCCCGGCUCUCCUGAGGUGAAGAAGCCAGCAGUGAUAGAAAACGACAGUAAGGAAUACGAUCAGCUGGUCAAUUUCUCCAUAGUCAUCGAUCUCAAGAGCACAGUGUAAAGAUAAAAUCAGCUUCGGAUUACAUAUUCUGCACAAACUAUAAGGCUUACAGCAACUGUCACAUUGUUCAUGAUUUCAGUGUAUUUUUAUGAGCAUUAAUUGUGAGAUCGUUUUUAAAAAAACAAAACAAUUUGUAUUAUUGACUCAACGCAUUACUUUGGCACUUUUUUAACUUACUUGAAUUUUGUAUGUUUUUUUUAAUGCAGAUUGUAUUUUUUUGUAUUUCUGAAUAAAAUAACCCAUAAUA